GAAUUUUUUUUGUUAAAAUUUUUAAAAUUAAAUUUUGGAUUUAACCAAAAAAAGAAAGAAAGAAAAAACUUUUGUUUGAAAAAAAAUUCGAUUUCGUGUUUGAGUGAUGUGAUGUGUCGGUGUUUUGUUUUGGUGUACAAUCGUCGAAUUGAUUUGAACAACAUACACCCGGAAAAAAAAUAACAUUGAAAUUCUAUGAAAUUCUUGUUUGUUUGGUUUGGUUUGUUUUGAUAUGGAUACCAGCAAUGCCAGUAGUAGUAAUGCAGAUAUUUUAGAUCAAAGUUUUUCAUCAUCAAAUAAUUCCGAAUCAAAUAUGUCUUCAUCAACAACUGCAACAGCAGCAGCACCAACAGCUAUUGUUGUUUCACAACAACAACAACAAUCUUCAAAUUUACCACCAUCAUCAAUUCAACCUGGAUCAUCAAUGUUAUCAUCUCAACAACAACAUCAUGAUCAAACAACAUCAUUAGUUGGACAACAUCAACAUCAACAACAACAACAAUUAUCAAGAAAUGAUGGUAAUUUAACACAAAUAUUGAUUGGGACCAAUCCAGAUGGUACACCAUUAUAUUGGAAUGAACCAUAUGUACAACCAAUACAAGGUGUUGUACAACCAAUUACAAUACCACCAUUUGAUAAACCACAUCGUAAUACAAAUCAAUUACAAUAUUUAUUACGUAUAAUAAAUCGAAAUAUAUGGAAACAUCAAUUUGCAUGGCCAUUUCAUGAACCAGUAAAUGCAGAAAAAUUACAAUUACCUGAUUAUCAUACAAUCAUUAGAAGACCAAUGGAUUUAGGAACAAUAAAAAAACGUUUAGAAAAUUGUUAUUAUUAUUCAGCACAAGAAUGUAUGGAUGAUUUUCGUUUAAUGUUUAACAAUUGUUAUCUAUAUAAUAAAGAAGGUGAUGAUGUUGUUAUGAUGGGACAUAGUAUUGAAAAAUUAUAUAAUUCAAAAUUGUCCGAAAUGCCACGUGAAGAGAUUGAAAUACCAAUACAAGUAAAAAAUGCAAAAGAAAAAGGAAAAAAAGGUAAGUUAUUAGUAAUGAAUACAAAUUCAACAACAAUACCAACAACACAAUUAACAUCAACACCAAUAUCAACAAAGCAGCCUUUAUCAUUAUAUUCUGCACAACCAUCACAACAACAACAACAAUUAUCAUCAAGACAGAUAAAUAAUAAUAAUAUUGGUGGUCCAACAACAACAACAACAGUAGCACAGAAAAGUAAUAUUAGUCAAACAUCGAAUAUUGUUGUUCCAUCAACAACACCAUUAUUAACCUGUAAUAAUAGUAGUAAAACAUCAACACAAAUGGAUUCGAUUCUUAGCCAAAAUUCUACAAAUAUUAUUACACAACAACAACAAUCUAAUAAUUUACCUCAACGUUCAAAUGUUGAUAUGAAUUCUAUUGGACAACAACAACAAUCAACAUCAUUGUUACAAACAUCACAUCAACAACAACAACAACCACCUCCAUCAACAAAUUCUCAAUAUCUUAAUUCUAGCCCAUCAACUGUGAUCCCAAUCAAUACAACAACAAAAACACCUAAAAAAGGUGUAAAAAGAAAAGCCGAUACAACAACAUUAGAAUUAGAAUCAUUGGGUGGUAAUAAUAAUAAUAAUAAUAAUUUUACUGCACAUAUAGUUAAUGAUGAUAUAACAAAACCAUCAACAAUGAAAACAAGAAGAGAAAGUGGUCGACCAAUAAAAAAACCAUCAAAAGAAUUACCAGAUAUUGGUAAACAAAAACAAUCAUCAAAAGCAAAAAAAGGAAAAUUAUCUGAACAAAUGAAAUAUUGUGGAACAAUAUUAAGAGAGCUUUUAUCUAAAAAACAUAAAGAUAAUGCAUGGCCAUUUUAUGAUCCAGUCGAUGCUGAUAAAUUAGAAAUACAUGAUUAUUAUGAAGUAAUCAAACAUCCAAUGGAUUUAAAUACUGUAAAAAGAAAAUUAGAAUCACGUGAAUAUAAUAAACCGGAUGAAUUUGCAGCCGAUAUAAGAUUAAUAUUUACAAAUUGUUAUAAAUAUAAUUCACCUGAUCAUGCUGUUGUUUCUAUGGGUAGAAAAUUACAGGAUGUUUUUGAAAUGAGAUAUGCAAAAAUGCCCGAUUUUGAUGAUCAUAGCGAUAAAAGUGAUGAUGAAGGUGUUACAUCAGAUGAUAAUAAUAAUAAUAAUUAUUCAUCAUCAUCAUCAUGUUCAGAAAGUUCAGAUAGUGAUGAUGAUACAAAUACAUUGAAAACAAUACAAGAACAAUUGAAAAAAUUAAAUGAACAAGUACAACAAUUAGCUAAAAAAGCUGAAAGAAAUAGUAGGAAAAAGAAACAUAGAUCAAAAACAAAUAAACCGGAACGUAAAGAACGUGGACAUGGUCAUAUUGGUGCCGGUGGUAAUAAUAAUAAUAAUAGUGGUGGUGUUGUUAAAGUUGAAGUUAAUGAUGAUUUAGAUGCUGGUUCAGGUUAUAAUCAUCACCAUCAUCAUCAUCAUCAUCAUACUGGUGUUGGUGGUGUUGGUGGUAAUCAAGCCAAUUUGGCAACGAUUAAUUCACAAUUUCCUCUCAAUACAUUUGGUGGUUUAAAUAAUGAUACAUUUGGUACAAGCGGUGGAAUCGGUGCUGGUACUGGUUCAAAUGCUUUAAAUGCCAAUAGUGUUAUUAAUAAUAAAAAAACCAAAACAACAACAAAAACAAAUCGUAAAUCAACAAAAGCUAUUACUGUACCUCAAAAUACCUUAAAUCGAAUCGAUUCAGAAGAAGAAGAUAAUGCUCGUCCAAUGAGUUAUGAUGAAAAACGACAGCUUAGUCUUGAUAUUAAUAAAUUACCUGGUGAUAAACUUGGUAAAGUUGUACAGAUUAUACAACAACGUGAACCAACAUUAAGAGAUUCAAAUCCGGAUGAAAUUGAAAUUGAUUUUGAAACAUUAAAACCAUCAACAUUACGUGAAUUGGAAAGCUAUGUUGCUAGUUGUUUGAAAAAGAAGAAUAGUAUGUCCACAAUCAAAGAUAAAAGGCCAAGUAAAGCAAAAGAAGAAACAGAAAAGAAAAAACAAGAAAUUGAAAAACGACUAAAUGAUACUGGACAAUUGGCGGCUAAUAAGAAAAAUAAAAAAGCAGAUCCAUAUGCAUUUACUGAAGAAGAAAAUGGUGUCAGAUUAAGUGAAUCAAGUUCAAGUGAUAGUGAUUCAAGCAGCGAUAGUAGCUCAUCAUCAUCAUCAUCAUCGGACAGUUCUGAUUCUGAAUCAGAAUCACCAAAGAAAAAAGGAAAUCAAAAUAAUCAAACAGGUAGUGGUGGCGGUGGUGGUGGUAGUGGUCAAUAUAAUGCACCACAACAUGUACCAACAUUUCCUGGAACAUUACCGAUAAAUUCUCCAUAUACACAGCCACCACCAUCAACAUCAUCAUUUCCGAAUAAUUCAACCGGUGGUGGUUCAAAUUUAUCUGGAAUUCCACCACCACCAAUUUCUUCAUCAAAUAUACCAGUACCACCAUCAUCAUCAUCAUCAUCGUUUUCAUCUCAUGUUCAUCCAUCAUUAUCAAAUGUCAGUUUACAAGAUUCAAUGAAUCCUGGUCUUCAUCCACCACCACCAUCAUCAUCAUCAUCAUCAUUGGCCAAGAAUAUUCCAUCCCAAUCUCAGCCACCAUCAUCAAAUUCAUCAUCAUCGUCCAUUAAUAGUGGUGGUGGUGGUGGUAAUCGUGCUUCUGUAGCACAAACAUCACUUCGUAAAUCAAAUCAAUCAUCUAUUCAUCAACAAUUAACCGCACCAUCAUUUCAAAAUUCUCAACAACAACAACAACAACAUACACCUUCAUCAGGAACGGCAUCACAUUUUAAAAAUGCAAAUGUUUUAUCAAGAGAUUCAUCAUCUUCUGGUUCUUCGUUAAUAUCCAAGUUAAAGGAAGAACCAAUGAGUGGCGGCCGUAUGAAUGAUCCAGAUUUAGUGGCUUAUAAAUCGAAAACAAGCAAUAAUUCACAUCAAAUGAUGGAUAAUAAAAAAUCAUUAGAUUCAAAAUCAUCAAUGAAUACUAUGUCUAAUUCGGGAUUAUCAUCAAAGAAAACGGCACCAACAGGUGAUUCUAAACAACAAAAAUCAUCAAUAACAUCUUGGUCAAGUCAACAACAAACAACAAGUGGCGGUAGUAGUAGUAGUGGUGGUGGUGGUAAUAAUAGUUCAAAUACUGGAUUCUUACCAAAAGCUGAAAAUACAUUUGAACAAUUUCGUAAACAAGCCAAAGAAAAAGAGAAUCGUGAAAAACAAUUAAAAGUAGCACAAGAACGUAAACAAGAACAACGACAACGUUUAGAAAAACAACAUGGUGGUAGUAUUAUACCGGAUGAAGAAGAAUUGAAUACAAAUCAAAUGGAUACAAAUAGAACAACACGUAAACAUAAUCCAUAUGAUGAUAUUGCAAGACAUGGUAAAUCAACAAAUUCAUCACCGGCAUCGGAUUCGAAUUCAAUGUCACCAGCAUUUACGAAUUCAGUAUCUGAACGUGAACGUCAACGACAAAGAGAACAGGAACGUCGUCGUCGUGAAGCUAUUGCAUCACAAAUCGAUAUGAAUCGUCAAAGCGAUAUUAUGGCCAAUUUUGAAGAAAUGUUAUAAA